AAAAGAGAAAAUGAAUGUUUAUGUAUCACAAUAAUGGCACGCGCUUGGAUCACGUUUUAUGCCACGUCUCUCGAUGUUUUUUUAAAAAACAAAAUUGUGUUUUAUUUAUAUUUUUCAAUGAAUCUUGUGUGAAAUGAGAGGGAACAGUUGGGGUAGUUUGACGGGGUAUUCGGGGGGGAGUGGUCUGAGACUCACCGUUUCUCCAUCUGGAGCUGCUUAGUCCUUCCGGACAGCGCGCGCGCGGCAGGACGUCCUCGGAUGCUGCUGACCGGAACAGCCGAACAGUGGGACUGGAAGAGUUAAGAAUCCCCUAAACAUCGUGACGUUGCGAUCUGGCCUCAGCAGCCACCCCCCCGCCAUCCGCCGUCUGAGCUGUGGACAGAAACAGACGGGGAGAAACUGGCAGUGUUUACCCAGGAAGAGUUGUGUGCUCUCCGGCAGCUGGACGAAAAAGAAGGAGAAGCUUUGACCUUGGAAAAUGAAGAUGCUGUUGCCAUGGGAACUGUUAAUUCUUCUGUCACUCACAGACUGCCUUGCUGAAAAUGCUCGCCACGGUCCCGUCUUCUCCCAGGAACCCAGUGACAUUGUAUUCCCGAUGAGCACAGGUGAUAACUUGGUUAUUAUCAAUUGCAAAGCCAAAGGAAACCCACCUCCUCACUACAGGUGGAAAGUAAAUGGAGAGGACAUAGAUACACACUCCGACUCAAACUAUAGACUUCUAGAGGGGAACCUGCUAAUCAGCAAUCCUGAUUUUAUCAGUCAUGGAGGAGUGUAUCAGUGCAUCGCCACCAAUGUGUUUGGGACCAUCGUCAGCCGCGAUGCAAGAGUCCAGUUUGCAUUUCUGCAGAGUUUUAGCAGGAAGCCCAGGAACCCGGUGUCGGUCAGGGAGGGUCAAGCUGUGGUUCUGCUCUGUGCCCCCCCAUCCCAUCAUGGAGAAAUCAAGUAUUCGUGGGUGUUCAACAGAGAGCUCCGCCCCCUGCAGCAGGACGCCCGUCGCUUUAUCUCUCAGAAGACAGGAAAUCUGUACAUUGCCAAGGUUGAAGCACCAGAUGCUGGAAAUUACACAUGUGCAGUGAGAAACAUGAUGACCAAUUCCUCAGAGUUCAGCUCGCCGACGCCCCUGGUGGUGCGGCGGGAUGUGAUCAUGGGUGAGUAUGAGCCCAAGAUUGAGGUCCGUUUUCCUGAAACCCUCCACAUCUCCAAAGGAAUGUCAGUGAAGUUGGAAUGCUUUGCUCUGGGAAAUCCUGUGCCUUCCAUCUCAUGGAGAAGAGCUGACGGGAAUCCACUUCCUGCAAAAAUUAAGAUCAACCACUCCGUUCUGGAAAUCCCGUAUUUCCGGCCAGAAGAUGGUGGAAUCUACGAGUGUGUUGCCGAAAACAACAGGGGACAAAACGUUGCAAAAGGGAAGCUGAUAUUUCAGAAUGUGGAACAUCUACACUGGGGCCAAACACUAAAAGACGCUCAAAUGGCCAUUGAUGCUAACCUACUGUGGGAAUGUAGAGCCUUCGGUGAGCCCAGGCCCACCUAUAGAUGGUUGAAGAACGGACAUCCUCUUACGACGCAGUGGAGGAUCCACAUGGAAGCCAACACACUGACAAUAUCCAAGAUUGCUCUGUCAGACUCUGGGAUGUAUCAGUGCAUCGCCCAGAAUGCCUUUGGAUCUAUCCACGCCAGUGCUGAGCUCAAGGUUGUCGCAUCGCCGCCUGACUUCACGCGGAGGCCGGUGAAGAAGUCCACGGUCCUCCAGAGAGGCGGAGAGCUGGUGCUGGAGUGUCGCCCUGACGCAUCACCCAGAGCCACCAUCUCAUGGUGGAGAGGGGGGGAUCUUCUGAGAGGCGGUGGGAGACAGAUGAUCAUGGAGGACGGGACGCUCCGCGUUGCCAACAUUACCAAGUCGGAUGAGGGCAGGUACAUGUGUGUGGCCAGAAACCACUUUGGAGCGGCAAGCAGCUCGGGGUCGCUGGCGGUGAAAGAGCCCACCAAGAUCAUCGCUCCACCUCUAAGUUCAGACGCCUCUGUGGGACAGAGUCUGGUGCUGCCCUGCGAGGUUGCCAGUGAUUCCACCCUCAGCCCCGUCUUCAAGUGGUUUUUCAACGGCAAAGCUAUUGAUUUCAGCAGGCAGGAUCACUUUGAGAUGAUUGGAGGGGGAUUUGUGGGCGACCUGAUGGUGAGGAACGUCCAGCUGAAGCAUGCUGGGAAGUACGUGUGCAUGGUGCAGACCGAGGUCGACACCGUCUCUGCUGCAGCAAACCUAAUCGUCAGAGGCCCUCCAGGGGCCCCGGAGGCCCCAUCGGUGACGGACAUCGCUGAUACCACUGUGAAGCUGUCCUGGGGCCCCGGACCUGACAACCACAGCACCAUCACCAUGUACAUGGUGCAGGCAAGGACGCCCUUCUCUAUCGGCUGGCAGACUGUAAAAACAGUUCCUGAUUCUGUGCCUGGACAGAUGAUGCACGCCUCUGUGACUGAUCUGAUCCCCUGGGUGGAUUAUGAAUUCAGGGUGGUGGCAGUCAAUGUGGUUGGUGUUGGAGAACCCAGCACGCCAUCAGAACCAAUCCGGACCAAGCCAGCAGUUCCCAGGGUGGCUCCAAUUAAUGUGAGUGGCGGUGGGGGAGCGCAGGGAGAGCUUGUGAUUACGUGGGAGCCAGUCCCGGAGGAACAACAGAGUGGAGAGGAUUUUGGUUAUGUUGUUGCUUUCCGGCCUCUCGGCAGCAGCACCUGGAUCCAGACUGCGCUGGCAUCACCUGACGCAUCCAGAUACGUGUACCGAAACGACAGCAUCCCGCCUCUGUCCCAGUUCGAAGUGUCCGUGGGCGUGUACAACAGCGUCGGUGAGGGGCCGUUCAGCCAAGUGGUCAAAGUGCUGUCUUCAGAAGGAGAACCCACAGAGGCGCCGUCAGGCAUGCGAGGCCGCGCCGCGUCGGCCUCAGAGAUCGUAGUGUUCUGGGAGCCGGUUCCUCCCAGGUCCACCAACGAGAUCAUUUCAUACGAGCUCCUCUUCUGGGAGGAAGGAUCUCUGCAGAGUGACGCGGGCAGAGUCAGAGUUCCCAGCAACAACACGGCCCUUCUCUCUGGCCUGAAGGCCAGCACGGUUUAUCAGAUCUCCGUCAGGGCCCAGAACAGCGCCGGACUCGGACCCUGCAGCCCCGCUAUCAACAUCACCACCAGGAAACCCCCCCCCAGUCGGCCUCCUGGGAGCGUCGAGUGGAGCCUGACCAACUCCAAGAUAUUUCUAAACUGGGAACCCGUGAAGGCAUCAGCGAAUGAGUCCGAGGUCACGGGAUACAAGGUCGAGUAUCGUCAGAACUGGAACAGCAGAACCGCCGUACUGGAAACCAAUAAGACCAGCAUAGAGCUGCAAAUCCCCACCGGGGAAGACCACGUUAUUGAGAUCAAAGCCGUGACCGAGGGGGGCGAUGGCACCAGCAGCGGUCCGAUCCGCAUACCAAAGAUGUCCAGCCUUAACUCCAGAGGAUGCAGGAAUAUGGUGACGAGGUCUUUGAUGCUUUUUGGUUUUCUUUCUUCACUUCUGAACUUCUGAGGCCUUCUAGUCCACCACGAACCUUACCACGAGGACUUUUCUCCUGGAAAGAAUCAACAGCUUGAAUGUUUUUCAGCCUCUACUUCAAAAACCAAAACUGAGUGAUUGUAUUGUUUAGAUUUAUUCAAUGAAGCGACAGUCUUUUGAAGCACAAAGAGGGCUUGGACCUUUGACUUGGACUGGAGCUUCAGUCAAGUUUAUGCAGAAAGGCCCGGCGACCAGGCACAAGGCGCUUGAGGUUUGGGACUCACCAACAAUCCGUCUCGCUCUUGAAUGAUUUUGUGGGGUUUACCAAAAAUUAUUCUUUUAAACUCUGAGAAAAGUGGAAUUCUGCAUUGAAUUGGAACCACGUUCCUUUCCAUACCAUUAUCAUGGAAAACUGUUGCCCAUAGAAGCGCAUGAGACUGUUUAUGGACAGAACAACCAUUCUCCUUACACCAGUGUCCCCAACCACGAUCCACGGACUGGCACUGGUCUGUGGGUCACUUGGUACAGAGUAAUGUAACGUACAUGGAUUCUGUUUUAUGUAUUUAUUAAUCAAGUCUAUUCCCUACAUUUUUGGUAUUUUUAGUCAUUUGUUUAAGGCUUUGGGAUUUUUUUUUUGGCAAGUUGUUGGACCCAGCAGAAUUCUCACUUUACUUUGUUUUUACCCAGCUGGUGUCAUUUUCAGGAUCCGAUUGAUGUCUCUAGAGUUUUAUUGGUCUAUUGUAUGUGUGCAUCUGCCCCCCAACACCCCCCCUUAAAAAGAAUUUCUUUUGACCAAUCAGAGAAUUUAGGCAUCCAUUAUAACUAAUAAGGAGCAUCAUGUGGUAAACUUUCCUUUUUAUUGACUAUAAAUGAGAACUGGACCAAGGGAAUGUGAGGUCAUCUGUAUGAUAUGAUUGACUUCUGGCUCCAGUGAAAGGAAGUUACACUUUUUUUUGCGAUAAGGACGUCAUCAUGUUGGAACCAGAAAUUGUCAGUAAGCAGUGAUUGGUCAGA